AUGGCUAGUGAAGAAGUAAGUAUCGAACUUAAAAACAAGCCACCUAAUGGAGAUAAAGAUACUAUUACGUAUCAAGGAAGUACUACUACCGGAACCGGUAAUGUUAAAAUUACCGUCGAAAGAACCACUCACCCUCUUGGAUCUGACUUCCUCAAGUAUGAGCAUACUCUACAGACUAAAGGAGAGUUUAUAUUAAAGGAAAUCCAGGAUAAUGGUGGCAAAAUCGAUGUUAUUGGACUUAAAGAUGUUCCUAGGAAUGAUGGCGGUAGUAAUGAAUGGAUUGUACUAGGUGGACAUAACCAUUCUAAACCUCCACUCAUCGGCGGUGACAUUGAAAGAACACUAGAUGAUUUAGUCUGUUCUAACUAUGAUGCAGUUACCUUGGAUCUUGGCAAAAGUGUAUCCUUUAGUGGUGAUAAGCCAUAUUGUUGUCGUUGCGUUUACCAUGGUGAUAAUGACGAUCAGCGGAAGAUUUUUGUUACUCUUAGGAAAGUUUUCUGUAAACAACAUACACAAAAUUCCAUUCAAUAUUGUAAACAUACCAUUAAAAAUCCUCAGAAUAGAGUUGCCAGGAUAAGGUACUAUAUUGGUGAUACUGAUACUAAUACUCAUAGUAAUAGAAGACGUAUAAAGUAUAUUGGGUUAGACCUUCCCAUGGAUGGUGUCAAAGCAGUUUACGCUUCAUAUUGUGACGGAAACCCUGUACUUAUAUACGUUGACGGUGGAGAUAAAGCCGAAGGCUGGUACAAGAAAGGUGGUGAUAGUAGUACUGGAGAUGAAAAUUGGACAAAAGUAGAUCUCCCUGGUAUAACACCUACUAACUUUAAUAGCCUUACCUGUGAACACUGGAAAGUACUUGUAAAGGUACUAAAGAGUACAGGUGGAUGUAAAAGCUUGCAAGAAUGUCCUAAAGGGACUGUUAAACAACUGCAAGAACAAUCACAACAACUAGCACGUGCUGAUGAAGAAAAAGAAUCCGGGGAUGAAGUUGAGGAAGAAGAGAAAAAGAAAAAGAAGGGUGAUGAAGAACUAGGUGCUAAAGGAUCUCAAGAAUCUGCUGGUUCUGAUGGACCUAGGGGACCUACUGUUCCUGGUGAAGAGGAUGAUACUGGAUCUGUUGGAGAAGGUACUACUUCUCCUGGAUCUCCUCCCUCUGGACUACGCUAUUCUCAGUAUGCUCCUCAAGACUAUGGGAUAGAUAAACAAUUACAUUACAUAAAAACAUUCCCUCCACAAAUACAUUCAGAUACAUACAACUGA